UUUUCUAGGAACAUACCAGAGCUCAGGACUUGAAAUGCAGAACCAGAAAGGAUUUGAAAUGCAGAAGCAGAAGGAAGCACCAGGCACUUGGAGCCCUCUCACUGCUGGAACCAGUUCAACAAACAGGAUUUUCCAGCUGAACACUGCGGGCUCUUUGAACCAACCCCUGUGAUUUUUGCUGUCUCCCGAGGCAGGAUGAGGAGCACCUUGUUCUGGGGAAGUGUUACCCUUUGUUCUCGGUGCGCAGAUAAAGUCGCUGGUAAAGCUCCCAAAGAAGAGAAGGAAGAGGAGGAAGAGUCGAGUGUGCUCAGCCAUGGCUCUCCCACGGGCACGGCCCGGCCCAGCCGGAGCUGGCGCAGCAGCCGGACAGCGGCCGCCACUCGCCAGCGCGACUCCGAGAAUUCCCGCACCUCCAGAUCCAAGGCCAACUCGCUGCAGCUCAUCUGCAAGUCAGAGCCCAAUGCUGACCAGCUGGAGUACGUGGUCACAGAAGAGCAUCAGCCUCCAGAUGGAGUCAGCAGUGAUGAUGAUGAGGAGAUGCUCAUCAGUGAGGAAGAAGUUCCCUUCAAAGAUGAUCCCAGAGAUGAGACCUACAAGCCCCACCUAGAGAAGGAAGCACCAAAGCAAAGGAGAAAAGCUAGCAAGGGGAAGGAGGAAAAAGAAAGGCAGAAAGAGAUUAAAGUGGAAGUGAAAGAAGAGAACGAGUUUCAGGAGGAUGAAGAACCACCAAGAAAGAGGGGAAGGAGGAGAAAGGAUGACAAGAGCCCAAGGCUGCCCAAGAGAAGGAAGAAGCCUCCGAUCCAGUACGUCCGCUGUGAGAUGGAAGGCUGCGGCACGGUCCUGGCUCACCCGCGGUACCUGCAGCAUCACAUAAAAUAUCAGCACUUACUGAAGAAAAAAUACGUGUGUCCUCAUCCCUCCUGCGGUCGACUCUUCCGGCUCCAGAAGCAGCUCCUGCGGCAUGCCAAACAUCACACAGAUCAAAGGGAUUACAUCUGCGAGUACUGUGCCCGGGCCUUCAAGAGCUCCCACAACUUGGCAGUGCACCGGAUGAUCCACACGGGCGAGAAGCCCUUGCAGUGUGAGAUCUGUGGAUUCACCUGCCGGCAGAAGGCUUCCCUCAACUGGCACAUGAAGAAGCACGAUGCAGACUCCUUCUACCAGUUCUCCUGCAAUAUUUGUGGCAAGAAAUUCGAGAAGAAGGACAGCGUCGUGGCCCACAAAGCCAAGAGUCACCCCGAAGUGCUCAUUGCUGAAGCACUGGCUGCCAACGCGGGUGCCCUGAUCACCAGCACCGAUAUCCUGGGCACUAAUCCCGAGGCCAUCGUGCCACCCACAGAUGGCCAGGGCCUCCCACUGCUCCCUGACCCCCUGGGCAGUGCUCCCCCAGCAGAUUGCCUGCUGCUGAGCUCAGAGGGAAUGCCAAAGCCCUACUGUGGCGGGGCAGAGCGCGUGAGCCUGGUGGCUGACGGCAAGCUCUUCGUGGGCAGCGGCAGCAGCGCGAACCCAGAGGGGCUGGUCAUGAACACAGAGAUGCUGGAAGCCAGCACAGAGGUGCUCAUUGAAGAUUCAGACUCCACUGGGCCCUAGUGGCAGGGGAGCACCUGGGUGCUGGGACAGUUGGGACUCUGUAUUUAAAAGGAAAAGGAAAAAAAAAAAGGAGGAGGCACUUACUGAAAGAGAGGAAAGUUAAACAAAACUUACAAUACUAGUAAAUAACUGAAGGGUCUGCUCCCCUCCAGUGCGGAUCACAGCACAUCCUCUUUCUCCCAACCACUUCUCUCUCUCUCCCACGGCCCCUUGGUGGAAAGGGGCAUGUGCUGCCAUUGCCAGAGCAAGUUGGAUUGAGCGGUGGAUUUCUCCAAGGGAGGGGGCACUGCCGAAACCCUUCACUCUACCCCAGAGCAGUUGCCUUUCUGGCUCCUUGGCGUGGCCCCGCUGGCAAGAUAAAAAGUGUUGGAUGUGUUCUGGAGAAGUUCCUUAGGACUCCCUCUGCCCCUGGUCCCGACUUCUAUGCACCACUGCACUCUGGUCCUUGCAGUCUCCUCCUUCCUUGCCGGGGCUGGGAGUUUGGCACUUUAGCCCCUCGGCAGGGUGAGCUGUGAAGCAGCAGUGCACGUCCCGCUCCCACCGCGCUCCCCUGCUCCAGCCCUGGCAGGGAGUGGAGGGAGGGAACGCCCUGGCUCAUAGAUCAUGUUUGCUUGGAGAGGCCCGGGGGCUACAGGAGCCCUGCGUGGGAGAGGCAAGGAGGAGCAUCCCAGUUUGACGACAGUAAUUUGCACUUUGAACAUGCUUCGUUUUUGUGUUGUGGUAACAAGAUUCCUUAUUUAUUGUUUAAAAAAGGGUCGGUAUUUUUUAGUUCUGUUCUUAGGGGGCGGGGGUGGAAGGGGUUGUUCAGGCUGUUUCCCAGGAGGCUCCAGUGCAGGGGAGCUCCAGUGCCAUCGUGCCGGCGGCUGGGAGAGCCGAGGUGAAGGCAGCGCUCUGGAGUCAGAUGUGUCUCGCAGCUUUUCCAGAGUAGAGGGAGAGCCCCUGGAGAAGAGCCUGUGUGCAGUGGGAGUCUCUGCAGCAGCGUGUUAGCAGGAGGAUGAGGUGAGUGAUGGGCUGUCUCUCCCUCCCUCCCAGCUCCGGGUGAGCUUCUUGCAUUAAAGGCCUAUUUUGCCUCCAGCCUUUCGGGGAAGGACGUUGUUAGCCAGGAACUUGUUCUUGUGACUCGGGACAGCCGUGAGCUACUUGCUGCUGGGGGAUGUGGUGCUCCUCAUCCAACUCUGCCUCUCCUUUCCAGGUCUAGACAAAGACGCAGCAGGGACUGGAUAUGGUUUUCUCAGGCUUGUUUAUCCAAGGCAAUAGAUUGAUGUGGGACUAAGGGGCUGUCAGCAUUUCUCCCUGCCCUCAUUUUGGGGGGGAUUGUGUAGCUGUGUUCUGAAAGCUUUUCUUUUCUGCACAGACACUCCAGCUUUCCCUGAAGUGUGAUGGGUCAGGUGUUGCCUGCUGGUGUAGUUAGGGCAGCUUUGAGCCCUUGGAAAAGUUUACAUAGGAUAAGAUGUGUCUGCUAUGGAGACUUGGAUUUUUUUUUUGCUCUUUCUGAAACUUUGUAUGGAGAUUCAGUGGCCUUGAAUUCGUAGCGGUUUUGGAAGAGGUGAAGAAUAACCUGUUUUUUUGUUUGUUUGCUUGUUUUUUUGGUUGGGUUUCUGGGUUGGGAGCAGAGCUGAAGUAUCUUGUCUGAGCACAAGAUAGCUGAGUUGGUCUGUAGCACACAGCAGCUUGAUGAAAUCGGGUACCUGGGGUCUGGAAAACCGCAAUAAAACAUGAAAUUUAAUUGGA